AUGCCAUUAAUUGUAUUAAGUGGACCACCAUGUAGUGGUAAAACAACAAGAGCAAAAGAAUUAUAUGAACAUUUUACAAAUCUCGGUAAAAAAGUUAUAAUUAUAAAUGAAGAAUCAUUAUUAAUAAAUAAAAAUGAAGGUUAUAAAGAUUCACUCACAGAAAAGAUGACAAGAGGUUCACUUAAAGGUGCAACCGAUAGAAAUCUUUCAAAAGAUACUGUAGUCAUUUCAGAUUCAUUAAAUUAUAUUAAAGGUUAUAGAUAUGAACUUUAUUGUAUUGCAAGAGCUGCCGGUACAAGAUUAUUAGUUCUUUAUUGUAAUACACCAAGAGAUUUAGCUAAAAAAUGGAAUCAAGAAAGGGAUCAAUCAGUUGCAUAUUCUGAGAAAUUAUUAGAUGAGUUAACAAAUAGAUUUGAAGUACCAAAUCCAAAGAAUAGAUGGGAUUCACCUUUAUUCACUUUAGAACCACAACAUACAUUACCACAUGAAUUAUUAUUUAAAACUUUAUUUGAAGUUCAAGAAUUAAGACCAAAUUAUGCAACUCAAUCUCAAUCAUUAUCACCAGCAAAUUUUGUACAUGAAUUAGAAACGAAAACACAAGAGAUAACAAGUGUUAUUUCAGAUGCACUCCAAUCAUCAAUGGUUGGUGAUUAUAUUAAAGUACCAGGUACUGAGAAAAGAGUUGUAAUUCAUAGUAAAUUAAAUUUAGUGGAAUUGAGAAACCAAAGAAGACAAUUUUAUAAAUUUGCUCAAUUACACCCACCACAACCUCAUUUAAUUGCUGAUUCUUUUGUUGAUUUUUUAAAUUCUUCUUCAAAUUAA